CAAUUUGCUGCCAUUAAUCUUCGCUCCUCUCUUCAACCGCGCAUUCAUUGAGUUCCCUCCGUACCUAAGCUUCCGUUACAAGUUUGUUCUCUUUUGUUCGAAAUGUUCAUGGUUUGAUUCGCAUUGAUUUUCUUGGAGAAUAUGGAGGGUUUCGCUAUAAACAGGAUUUGUCAUUUGAGGGAUUGCAUGGAAAAUUACAGAAAUAGAAGGUCUUGCGAGGUAGUCUGUUUCAUAUUGAGUUGAUAUGUCGGGACCUGAAUUCAUACCCGUGUCUGGAGAACUCGGAGGAUCUAUGCUCUCUACCUAUUGAUUUUGCUGGUGUUCUCUGAGGGAAAGGUUGGAACCAGAGAUCAAGGGACAGGAAAGUUUGCGGAUUUAAAUCCGGUGGAUCGCGUUACAAUGGUAUCUGAGCUUAAGUGUUUGAUUUGAUGGAGAUGUCCUGUACUCUGACAACGGAUGAGAUAUGGAUCCAAGGGAAGACGUUUGCGUAAUGAAUAGCAAUAGGCAGGACGACAUAUUGGCGGUUUGUCGGAGAGACAAAGUAAGACUGUACCUGAAGGAGGAGGAUGUGGGGGAGGACAGAGCUAGUGUUCCUUAUGGGGCCGGAACUCAAGAUGGAUUGAGAAUGCCGUAUGAGGACAAAGAUGAACCUGAACGAUACACAUCGGAUAUGAGUGAAAAAGAAGAUGAGGGUAGACCAUCAUGGAGAGAUGAUCGAAGUAUUUUUCGGACAGGUGAAAGGGAAGUUGAAUGGAAUGCAUCAGCACAGGAUGAGGAAAACAACUCAGUGGAAAUACAUGAGAAGGAAAAUGAAAAAGACAUGUCGGGUUCAUGUAAAAAAGAUGAUGAACAAAGUACAUUGACAAAAAAUGAAAGGUAUUCCUCUGAUGUAGAGGCAAAGGAAGAUGAACAUGACUGUUCGAAAGCGGACAUAGACAAGGAUGAAUGGGAUGCCUCAAAGAGGGAUAACAAUCAACAUGGAUGGGGUGCAUCCGAAAGUGUUGAGAAAGAAGUUGAGUGGGACUCUGUUAAGCAACAUGAAGGGAACGACUCAAAUGAUGCAUUGGAGAGAUUAAAUAGGGAAGAAGGACAGACUGCGUUGGGGAGGGAUGAAAAGCAAGGACUCAGUUUUGCAUCAAGGGAUAAAGAAGAACCUGACCAAGGUUUCCCAGAAAGGGAUGAUGAGGUAGAUGGUCCAAAUGCUCUUAGGCGAGAGAUUGAAGAAGUGGGUACACAAGUGCCAAAUGGUGAAACUGUAGAGAACGAAUUCCAUAAUAUGAGGAAGGAUGGAAGGGAAGAAGAUAAAACUGUGCAUGAAAAAGAGGUUGAAAACAGCAUAUUGGAAAAGGAUGGUGAAAAUGAUCCGAGUUCAAGUUCGAAAGAAAAAGAUGACGAAAGCGCAAGUCCUAGGAAUGAGACAGAAGUAAACGAACAAGGUGCCAGAGAGUCAGAGAUGGCAGAAGAAACAGGAGAACAAGUCUCGUCUUCGUUGACAUCAGGAGUUGUUAAAGUAGCCGAUGGAGCAUUUCAAAACAUAUAUUUCACUGGACCAGUAUUACCACAGUCACCGACACUGGGACACAGACGCAGUCAAAGUGAAAUUGGGACUCCUGGACACAGGCGCACAAACAGUUUCCAGAAAUUGAGAACUCACAUGCAGAAGGCAUGGCGUGGGUUCAGCACUCUACGAGAGGAUAAUAAGCCAAGUUUCAACCCUGAGGUCUUAGCAUACCAGAAAAGACAGUGGUACCAGCUUCACUCUUCCAAAGCUCUGGAUCAAACGAAAUAUAAGGAGCCAGCCUCACUUUUCGAACAUUUUAUCAUCGUGGGGCUUCAUCCUGAAACAAAUUUGGAGGCGGUGGAGGAGGCAUUCCGUAAAAGGAAGAAAUGGGAGAUGGAGAUGUUAAGGUAUGAAGUGGCAGAUUACAAUAUUCUCCGUCAUCGUGGGCCUCAACUCCCUAUAUUAGAGCCUCAGAUUCUUUUUAGAUAUCCCCCUGCGAAAAAAAUGGCUAUGCAUCCAAAGGAUCUAGCAACUUUCUGUUUUCCUGGUGGUGUCAAGGCACGACUUUUGGAGAGGACACCAUCGCUAAGUGAUCUAAACGAGCUUGUGUAUGGGCAGGAACAUCUGGGCACAGAUGAUUCAUCAUUUAUAUUUUCAUUCAAGGUAGCAGAUGAUGCAACCCUCUAUGGUGUUUGCUUGCAUGUCUCAGAGAUUGUUCAGAGGCCACCUGGUGUAUUAAGCACGUCAUCACCCUUGCAUUCAUGUGGAGGAGGCAGUCAUUUUUUGUUUUCUGCACCUCGAUGCUAUUGCUUGCUAACCAGAGUUCCUUUUUUUGAAUUACACUUUGAGAUGUUAAACAGUCUGAUUGCACAGGAGCGUCUGAAGCGGAUAACAGAAUUUGUUAGUGAGAUGUCCCUUGCUGCUUCAUGUUAUGCCCCAUCAGUUUCCAGACCAAAUGAUCAGACCAAUGGAAAUACCGACUCACCUGGUAGGGAUCCCAAUGAUUUGAUGGCUUCUGCCAUACCAGUUGACAGUGUCAUAGCACUCACGGCUGCUGCAGCGGGAAUUAUAUCUGAUGAUGAUGUUGCAGUCGCUUCUCAGAAGGUUGCGGAACCUAUGUCUCCUGACAGUGUUGUCACUAGUGAUUCUUCAGAGGCAAGUCAUGCCAAGGAAAUAGAAAGAGAUUGGAGAAAGGAGGACGCUCGAUGCUAUGAUGAUAAUUCCUCUGAAGCAUCUGAUACCCGCAUGGAUAUUUCAGAAAAAAUGUACAAAGACGUUGAAAAGGGCUACACUUCUCCAGAGGUUAUUUUGUCUGAUUCUACGAUCAGGCCCGUAGAGCGUACUGAAAGCUCCGAUUCUGUGUUCUGUUCAGGUAGAAGCGUGUUAUUGGAUGAGGUUGGUGAUGGCGGUUUAUCCAACAGCGAAAAUGAUUUUGGGGACCUGAUUAUUGAAUGGGCCAGGGACCACAAAAAUGGUUCUCUGGAAAUAAUUUGCGGCUACCAUUCUCUGGAAAUUCCUUCACGAGGAAGUAAAUUAGUUUUCCAGCCUCUAGAUCAUUUACAGGCGAUUGAGUACACCCGUCCCCCUGUUUCAGCCCUUGGACUGUGGGAAGGAUAUCCUGAUUCCUGUAAUGCUUCAGAGGUAAAUGCGAGGUUUGCUGCUGCUGAAGAAGCCCUGGCUCUCUCGACAUGGACAACGGCAACUAUGUGCCGUGUUCUUUCUCUCGAAACUAUUGUGGCACUGCUUGCUGGAGUAUUGUUAGAGAAGCAAGUUGUGGUAGUCUGCGCAAAUCUGGGUGUUUUGUCAGCCACGGUAAUGUCUCUCAUCCCGAUGAUUCGGCCAUUUCAGUGGCAGAGUUUAUUACUUCCUGUUCUGCCAGGAAGGAUGUUUGAUUUUCUCGAGGCUCCUGUUCCUUUCCUUGUCGGCGUACAGAGCAAACCCGCUGAUUGGAAGAUUAAGACGUCUAAUCUUAUUUUAGUGAAUGUUCUAAACAACCAGGUGAAAACGUGUAAUUUGCCAGCACUACCUCGCCGUAGAGAACUCAUGGCUCAGCUGAGUCCGAUACAUUCUACACUAGCUCAUCAGAGCUCGGUUGCCAGAAGAAAUCAGGUCAAUAAAUGCAACGAAGUGCAGGCUGAUGCGGCAAGGGAGUUCUUAACAGUGAUGAGGCAAUACAUGGAGUCACUCUGUGCAGAUUUACAGUCUCAUACAAUAACCAGCGUUCAAUCCAACAGCGACAGGGUAUCUUUACUUCUCAAGGACAGCUUCAUCGAUUCAUUUCCCAGCAGAGACAGACCCUUCAUCAAGUUAUUCGUAGACACGCAACUGUUUAGUGUUCAGUCGGACCAUCAUUUGUCGAGCUUCGAGAACGGGCAUAUCUAACAUUACAUGUAGACGAAGGCACGAUUCAUAAAAGCAAACAGAAGAAACCAAACCCAUAAUAAAGCAAGAGGGAGGGAGGGAGGGGUAACGACUACUUUUUAGUGUUGGUAACUUACCCUACACGCAAUGCAGGUUUUUGUCCUCUGACAGGAAACACAGCUUAACAUUAGAUUUUGUCAUACGUAGUGCAAAGACACUUGCAUCUGAAUUUGUUUCUUUAUAGGAUAUAACGGUAAACGUGACCAUCUUGUAAAAUAAAAUAGAAUGAUUUUUAUUUUGCUUAAUAAUAUACAGAACCAAAAAAAAUAUUGCCUUUGAA